GACGCUGCGGCUCAUCCCGCCGCCGCCGCCGCCGUGGACUCCAGCUCAGCUGCGCGCGGCAUCGAUGUCAUUUCAUUCGGACUUUUCAUUUCAUUAUGAGCGCAGAGGAGGAGGGCGAGGCGGGGAGGGGAGAACCACUGGGAGGUACCGAGCUCCCCCGCCACACCUGGGAGGGACGCGAGCCACACCGCUCCCAAGGACACCCGCACCCCGGCGACGAGGACGGCGAGAAAGAGGGCCGGAACUGCGCGGAGCGAGAGGACGCGUGCGGUACGACAGACGGAGGAUUUGAGGUGGAACCCGGCGGGAGGGAUGUGUGCAGUGAGGACGGAGCGGUCGGGGGGAGAUCGUGCAAGGAGGAGACGAUGUACUGGAACUGCAGCAGCAGCGAGACCUGCAUCCCGACUCCGAGCUGCAGGAUCUGCUUCCAGGGGGCAGAGCAGGGUGACCUGCUGAACCCGUGUCGCUGUGACGGCUCGGUGCGUUACACCCACCAGCACUGCCUGCUGAAGUGGAUCAGCGAGCGAGGCUGCUGGACAUGCGAGCUGUGCUCCUACCGUUUCCACAUCAUUGCCAUAAACUUGAAGAGACCGUGGCAGUGGCAGACAAUCACCAUCACCCUUGUGGAGAAGGUGCAGAUCAUUGCCGUGUUCCUCGGCUCACUCUUCCUGGUUGCCAGCAUCUCCUGGCUCCUGUGGUCAGCUCUCAGCCCGCAGGCCAUCUGGCAGCGCCGCGACGUUCUUUUUCAGAUCUGCUAUGGCAUGUACGGCUUCAUGGACCUGGUCUGCGUAGGCCUAAUUGUCCACGAGGGGGCAGCAGUCUACAAUGUCUUCAUGCGCUGGCGAGCUGUCAACCUCCACUGGGACGUCCAGAGCUAUGACAAGGCUAAGGACAUGGAGGAGUGUAGUGCUGGACAUUCUUCAGUGGCCCCCAGGACGCUUUGGUUCCCCCUGGUGACUUUAGGGCCUAAUGGCGCCUUACAGACCACCCAGCUGGGGCCCCAGCCAUGGACCUGUGUCUGCUUGGCCCCAUUCUGCUCCGGCCUGAUGACACAGAACACCCUCAGUCAGGACAGUGACUCUGGAGAGGUUGUCAUUCGUGUCACGUCGGUGUGACUGAAGGUUUACAGUUCCUGGCAAAAAUUGGAGUUUCUCUGUGCUGUUUGUCCAGCUGUCCAUUUCCAAACAAGUUGGAAAUGUUUGUCUGCUCCUGGGCCAGUCCUCAGAUCUGUCUCACGAGUUAAUGCAGGUGUGUUGAGUUGAUAUUUUGUAACUCGUUUGAUAAGUUAUUUGAUAGUCUGGUGUAUUCACGUAACGUACAGGUUAUGUGACUGGUAGCC